GGCCAUACAUUGGUGAAAUAAGCUUGUGAUGUUAAAUAUGAGGUUUUUCUAUUUCAAAAUGUUAAUCUUUGAGCAAACUGUUCCCUUUCUUUUUUACUUAGAAUGUGUUAUGACUUAUGACACUGAGAAGAUGGUGGUCCCAACUUCUUGGUUUAGUCUUUGAUUUGUGCUUAACUGUUCCCACAUUCUACCACUGUGAAUAUUGCUGGAUGAAUAAGAAUAUAUGGCAGGUUGAACACAUGUUUUUCCUUGGAUUAUUACGGUCACUUGGCAAGGGGCUUCGGGGUCAUUGAUUUGUGCUUUCCUUGGAAUGGAAUGUGUGAGUCGAUUGUGACGAGUGCUGAUGAUGAAAUUAAUAGGGAUAAAAUGUUAGGGAUCUGAGCCCGUUGGUUUAUGCAAUGCCUCCGAUGUGUAUGACUAAUUUGAUGAAAAGACAAAGGGCCUAUGGGGGUUUUCUUCCAUAUGUUUGAUGAUGAUUCAAUGACAGCAAUAUUCUGAUUUCUGAUUGUUGUUCUGAUACGGAAUUGUAUGGAGGAAUUACCAUCCUUUGCCUUUUCCUGUUACUAUUUAAAUCCUGAAUAUUUGCCAUUAGUGGGGAUUGUAAGCAGUUGAGUCCUGAUGUAGCUCUGUCCCUCGCCUCAUGAGAGUGCAUCCAUAUUGUCAGUGUUUAAUAACAAAAUGUGACUGCAUGUCAUUUCGGUUCACGAACAUGUAGUCAACCUUGAAUGAUUGUUGGAAUUUUUAUUUGUUUGUUUCCCUGACGAUCACAAAUUGACUAGCUAAAUAAUUAAAACCAUGUGUGCCUGUUUUCCUGUUGUUGCAGUUGAUUGUUCAUGUAAUGGAUGAUAUGGUGGAUAACAUGAACAAUGCGUAUCAGGAAUUCGUUGCUGCAGCAGCGAGUGUGCUCGAGACGAAAGAGUUAUCCAGUGCGCAGAAGACAAUAGCUACCGACAACUCAUUGGAGAACUUCAAGCAGAAGUGGGAACUGUUUAGGGUGGCUUGUGAUCAAGCGGAGGAGCUUGUGGAGUCAGUGAGGCAAAGGAUAGGGAGUGAGUGCUUGGUGGAUGAAGCUACAGGAACAGGGAGUGGAGCUGUUAGUGGGAAGCCUGGGCAGAGCGGGCCAACUGGCCUACAUCCAAUAAGUGCAGUUCGGUUGGAGCAGAUGAGCAAGGCUGUAAGGUGGCUGGUCAUUGAACUGCAACAUGGUUCUGGAGCUGCAUCUGCUGCUGGUCAUCAUCCUCACACUCCUCCGCCUCCUUUUGAUGCCAGGUUUUCUGAAGAUGCCGCCCAAUAGAGAUAAGGGUGUAAUGCAUACUAGCUGCCCUGGAACCUGCUUUGCAUCUCUAGGCCAUCUGCAGAUGGAUCGUUGGUUUCUAGAUUGCAGAAUGUCUUGUUAACUGUUGUGUAGCGAAAAAACAAGGGACAUAACAUGUUACUAAUCUUUGUUAUCGAUUCAGAAUUUUACGUCUCGGUUAAAUGGGGUAUCCAAAGUGAGAACACCCUUUUGUUUGCUUAUUGAACCAUAAAAAAGAGGGAAUUAGAUU